CGAUAGACUGAAUGAGACUGCAGUUCCCCCAUCAGUUUCAUAAUACUCAGAAAGCAUCCAUUUACAUCAUUGUGUGCAGUGCAGGGCACCAGCUGCCAGGAAAUUUGAAACUAUUUUGAUUCCAGUUGACUAGAACAGCAGCAAUUGAAUUAGCUGAUAUCGCUAUAGAUAAACUGAUGAUCUGUGCAUUUUAUUUCUUUGACCAAUGGGUAACUGCUGGAGCUACAGUAACCUCUGUAGUGGCCGUGGAAGCAGCGCUUUGCUUCCUCACACCAUCAUCAAUGAGUUUCCAGAGUACGGCACUGUGGAGCCAAGCAGACACGAGCCAGCAGCUUCACCGACACGGCACGCAGAGCCCGUGACACGCCGUCCGGAGAGACGGGACAGCCACCACCACACCAGGCCCAUUCCUCAGUGUGCAGCUCCUGCAGACAAUUCGAGGCCUGAUGCUGGGGCAGCGCAGCUGCACACCCCAGAAGAAGGUUUGCAACCUGCGGGUAACCAGCCAGAGAUUAUGAAGGUGUCUCGACGGUUGGAAGCAACAAAGGUGCAGGAGAGAGCAAAUACUUCUCCCGAUUCAGAGACGCAAAUGGAAAAAGAGAGUGCUACUGGCAGCCAAAGUGUGCAGGCAGCCAGAGAACCAGUUCCAGGAGGCCAAGAAAAACUCUCAGACAUGCCUCUUCCUUCUGAACGAACAGCUGAGGAAAAAAAGCAUUUGGUCGUAGAGGAAGGUCUGGCUGCAAUAUGGACUGGAGAAAAGCAGUCCGAGUCCUUGCAAGGGAUUAGUAACAAAGCUGAGGAGGUCCACGUGGUGCAGGGACAAAGCUGCCACAGACCGUCUGUGACAAACGGGGAAGCAGCCAGGAGAGUGGAGGGGUGGGCAUGUUCCGAGGAGUUUUCAGGGUACGGUCAGGGUAAAACGCAAGUAGGUCCUGAGAGGAGGCUCGCUAAAGAGGCAGCUGGGAGUAAACAUGUAGAGUUUCAAGGGGUGGAGAUUUUAUGGCUGCAGAAAGCUGAGGAGCAGAGAAGAAAGAAGCACUCGCUGGUGGACUCGUCUGUGGAGAGGAAGGCAUUCCCCAAAACAUCCAGCCACCCUGCAUCGCCAAUGGUCUCUCCAGGCCUUCUUUCCUCGCCAGACAGCGCGUGGAGUGAGGUCUGUGAGGACGCAAGGCUGGGACCCACUGCACCUGGAGCUGCCCCUCGAGCACCACCCAGUGAAAGCGAGAAGGAUGAAGUUCCCAUGAAGGACAGGAAGAACCGUGGCGAGGAGGAGGCGUCUGUGCUAGUGAGAGGACAGGGCAGGAUGAUGGAGGAGGGCGAAGCAGCCGCAGGAGGAUAUGAAGAUUUCCUUGGGCAGAGGCAAUCCGACGUCUCCACUGAUCUGUACAGCUCACAGUUCGAAAACAUCCUAGACAAUGCGUCUCUGUACUACAGUGCAGAGUCGCUGGAGACCUUGUACUCGGAGCCUGACAGCUACUUCAGCUUUGAGAUGCCACUCACUCCCAUGAUCCAGCAGCGCAUGAAGGAAGGCGGGCAGUUUUUAGAUCGGACAUCAGCCUUGGGGCAGCCAGAUGUCCCUGACAGGGAGGUGAAGGGUUGCGGUGAAGGCAUCGCCAAUGGCUUAAGGGAUACAAGCAAAACACUCUUCAGAGGAGAUGUCACAGAAGUCCCUCAUCUGGAAAGCAAUGUUGAACUGCAGAAUGUGGUGUUAGACUCCAGUGCUGCCAUGGGGAGCAAUGAACUUCAGGAGAAAGAUGCCACUGGAGCCCUUGGCCACGAUCUCAGCAAUGGCAGCAGCAGCAAUUUGGAAGCAGCCAGGCGCCUGGCUAAGCGCCUCUACCAUCUGGACAGAUUCAAACGCUCUGAUGUGGCAAAGCACUUGGGCAAAAACAAUGAAUUCAGCAAGCUUGUGGCCGAAGAGUACCUUAAGUUCUUUGACUUCACGGGCAUGACGCUGGACUGCUCGCUCAGGAGUUUCUUUAAAGCCUUUUCGCUUAUGGGAGAAACUCAGGAACGGGAGAGAGUUUUAAUCCACUUCUCUAGCCGAUACUACCAGUGCAACCCGAACACCAUUUCUUCUCAAGAUGGAGUUCACUGUCUCACCUGUGCCAUGAUGCUGCUGAACACAGACCUGCAUGGCCACAACAUCGGGAAGAAGAUGACCUGCCAGGAGUUCGUUGCUAACCUUCAGGGGAUGAACGACGGCAAAGACUUCCCAAAAGGGCUGUUGAAGGCCCUCUACAAUUCAAUCAAGAAUGAGAAGCUGGAAUGGGCAGUGGAUGAAGAAGAGAAAAAAAAGUCUCACUCAGACGGUACAGAUGAAAAGGAUAACGGGAGCCAGACAAAGGCUGUCAGUCGAAUUGGCAACUCAAAUAACCCGUUCCUGGACAUCCCUCAUGACCCCAAUGCUGCUGUGUACAAAACUGGAUUUCUGGCUCGGAAAAUCCACGCUGAUAUGGACGGAAAGAAAACUCCCCGGGGAAAGCGAGGCUGGAAAACCUUUUAUGCUGUGUUGAAGGGAACCGUCCUGUACUUGCAGAAGGAUGAAUAUAAGCCCGAAAAGGCUUUGUCGGAGGAGGAUCUGAAGAACGCGGUGAGUGUGCACCAUGCACUGGCGUCCAAGGCAACAGACUAUGAGAAGAAGCCCAACGUCCUCAAGCUUAAAACAGCAGAUUGGAGGGUCCUGCUUUUCCAAGCCCAGAGCCAAGAGGAGAUGCAGACCUGGAUCAACAAGAUCAACUGUGUAGCUGCUGUCUUCUCUGCACCGCCAUUUCCAGCGGCGAUUGGCUCCCAGAAGAAGUUCAGUCGCCCGCUCCUGCCAGCCACCACAACAAAGCUAUCUCAGGAUGAACAGCUGAAGUCCCAUGAAGCUAAGCUGAAGCAGAUCUCCACUGAGCUUGCUGAACAUCGCUCCUAUCCUCCUGACAAGAAGCUCAAAGGCAAGGAAGUAGAUGAUUACAAACUGAAGGACCACUACCUGGAGUUUGAGAAAAAUCGCUAUGAGAUUUAUGUCAGCCUCCUGAAAGAAGGAGUGAAGGAGCUGCUGAGUGGAGGAGAGAAUGAUGCGCCAGGACUGAAGAAAUCCCACUCAAGUCCUUCUUUGAAUCAGGAGUCUCCAGUUAGUGCCAAGGUGAAACGCAAUGUCUCGGAGAGGAAGGACUACAGGCCAGAAACACCCAGCAUCAAGCAGAAGGUCACUUAGGGCGGAGAUGACAGCGAGGGGAACAGCCAUGCAGCAAAGUACCGGUGGUCAAAAUUUUUUUUCAUUUAAUAACCUGUCAUUCACAAAAAAAUAAGUGCAUCUGCCUGAAUGGGGUGUUAGUGACAUUUUCUAUUGUAUAUUUUGCUGUUUCUGUGCAGAUUGUGGGAGAUGUCUUUGCUCCUGCUUUGCUUUGCUUUGUUAAUUUAUCAUUUAGCAAUUGAAGCAUCGGGACUUUUUUAUGUUGUUCUGUUUCUAAAGGAGCUGGGGGAGGGGUAGAGCGCUGUGACGUAUAUUCUGUCUCUUCCCCGUUUAUCUCCUCCCAUCGGCAUGUGGCUUUCAUCUCUCAAGUCACUUGUCACUUUAUUUACGUGGUGGGUGGGAAAAAUAACUGGACAAGUGCUGCAGUGCUGUGAAUGUAAGCUGUAGCUGUGAGAAAAGCUGUGCAGCUGCAGAAGCCUGGCUAGAGCCUGGGGUGCUGGGAACACUGGUUUCCUGUCAGUGUGGGGCAUGGUACUGGUACUUAGCAGCAGGUGCUACAGUAAAUAGUCACUGUUGCUUAUUGUUACUGCAUUGAGGCUGAACCCACAAGUGUGAAGGAACGAAACCUGGAAACCUCUGGCAAUGCUGGGAUGACGGCAUUGGAAUAAUUUGUUUGCUUCCUUCCAAGCGAAGUCUUCUCCUGAGUUUGCAGGCUGGAAUGCUGGAAAGGCUGGAAAGCAUCCAAACCCGUGCUGUCUCUGCUGUCACGGAGAUUAGGGUUUACCCAGCUGGAAUGACUCUCUGGGUUUUACAUUUAUUUGCAGAGGAGGCUGCUGUAGAAUCAGCCAUUAGCAUUAUAUAUUAAAAACAAAGGGCCUCUGUGUAGUUCUUAACUAUACGCUCUCACUUAGCUGCUAUAUAGAGCCUUAUGAUAUAUUGUGUCCUGUUGCUUCCCCUUCCAGGAGUUUCCUUGUUGGUGUGCACAGAGAACUUCUUUCGGUUCCUCUGAUAGUGACAAAGCACUUUGUCUUUUUUCUUCAGGAAGGGAUUCUCCUCAGUUCUUUAUUUUCCUGCUUUAGCUCACAUAUAGGUGAAAGGGGUUGGUGCAGAGCAGAGAAGGGGACAGACAUGCCCUUGCUGCAGACCAGGGUUUGAUGCUGUCCUGGCUACUCUGUGCCUGGAGGCCAGCACAAGGCAGCCUCAGCUUUGUCAAGUCAUACCCUCCACCCACAGAGAACAAGCCCUGCUCACAGCUCCUGCAUACCCUCCUCCAGGCUUUCAGAGGAGAGUGCAAGACAGGGAGACACCACCAUGAGUAAGAGCUUUCCAUACCUGAAAGCCCACAAACCAUUGGGGUGGCCAGCAGUUUUCAGGUAUAGAGAGUAGAAAGAUGACGUAGAAAUUAUUUUCCUGCUUCCCAGCCCCUCUUGCCUGGGCAGCAUCAUGGCUCUGCAGAGAGCACUGGCUCUCCUGUUACUUAGCAUCCUGGCUUUUAAUCUCAGGCUUGAUACUGGCCGAGAGGGUGAGCUUGGACAGAUCUCUCCCAUUUUGACUCACUCUUUUCCAGUGUGGAGUAGUACAGCCAAACUGGCCUUUCCCACAGAGUACCUUGGUACGUAAUGUUGAGGACCAUUUGAAAAUUGUUUCUUGCUGUUAUUUUUGUUGUGCCUGGCACAGGACAGCCUUCCUGAUGGAUGCAAUUCUUAAUGUAUAUAGAAAUGUCAAGAUCAAUGCAAGGACUGUUUAGAAAUGCGCUGGUGCUUCCAGCCCAAGUAGUCGAAGGGCCACACAUCAAAAAAAAAUUGCCACCUGAGUGGAUUUGUGCUCUGCCAGACCUCCCAAGGGUCCAAGUCAAUUAAUCUAGCUUAUUGAACUGCCAGUUCUGUGGGCAGAACUGGGAGCGAUCAAAGAGAAAAGGCCCUUGACAGACACCGCAUGACUUGCCUCCCCCACUGAGUGCAACAGCUUUCCCAGUGCUGUGCUGACUCUUGGCUGUAAUGAAGGUUUUGCGCUUUUCAGGUGCUGGGAGGUCUGGGAGCAACUUGAUCCUUGCCUGGCAUCAGAAACCAGAUGGUACCAUUUUCAUAAGUGAUGUUGGGAUGCACACGCAUCCGGCAUCUGCCACUGGGAGUGGCCACUCCAUGGUGAAAGUCGUGAUGUUGGCCCUCACCUUGGCAGCGUUGCUAAAAGCUGCAGAAGUUAUUCAUUCUUAC